GAUUUCCUUCCCCUCGCCACAGCAAUUAUACUCUAAAUUGGACGGAAUUUCCCUUCACCAAUUCCCUCCCCCAUUUUCUCUUUCUUUUCCCCUCUGAAAAGAAAUCUAUUUUCCCCUGUUUUUCCUUUCCUCGAAGCUUUGUACUUGAUCGGCAGAAACUUUCAUCAUGUUUAUUUUUCAAUUUAAAUGCCGACUUUGAACGCUUAAUUGUCUCAUCUGUCGAUUGGGUUGUGUGUUGUUCACCGGCAAAAAUCUCUGGGUUUGGUGUUUACAGCGAAAUCUAGGUCGUUUCUCUCUUUUCCUGUUUAUUAUUUGUGAAAAGAUAUAAUUUUUCAAUAUGUAUAAGCUUUUCUGCUAAGUGAUUGGAAAAUUCUAUUAUCUUUCAAACCCUAGGUUAGAUAACCCUUUUUACGUAUUUCUCUUUUUGGUUAUCACCCUAGAAUUCUUUUAUUCUAAUUGUACAUAAGAAUAGUUCCAUUUCAUUCAUUGAUUUGAUACCCUAGCUGGGACAAAAAUAUAAUCAGGGAUCUUAUGAGAAAAUCUCUGUGAAAUUUUUGGUGCUUUUUUUAGUUUGACAUUGAAAAUUGAGGGUUUUCUUGUUCCGAACUUCUAUGUUAACGGCAUAACCCACGGAUGAAGUCUAAAGAAUUGAAGGAAAAAAAAUAAUCGUUUUUAGUUAGAGCCCGUUUCUUCUUUUUCCAUUUAAUUUCCUCGGGUAUAUAACGAAAGGAGAAUGAUCUGAAACCUAGGGUUUUCUAUAGAGAUAUUGAGAUGGCAUUGAACUAUUCACAACGGCCAAUUAUUCCGGCACAUAUUUCAGAAGACAAUUUGGUAUCGCCCAUGAGGAUUUUGAAUGGGUAUCUUGCCGAGGAUGUUCCUGAUAAGAAUGGGGAAGGUUACUCAAAGGCUUGCUGUACGUGCCAAGGAGAAGCUGAGGAGUGGAAUUUUAACUGUGGCGGGGAUAGAGUUGAUCUAUGCAGCUCAACGGAGUCAACGGCCAAGGACAUUGUUGACCUUUUGCCGUCUGACCCGUUUGGGAUGGAUAUAGAAACUACCUUCACUGCGAUCACGGGAUGGCUCGAGGACUUGGAGUUUGAUUAUCAAGGAUACAUGAGGAACAACAAUAAUGAAGAUUAUGGUUUGUUCGCAGGAUGGAAUUUGAUUUGGAAUAAUGCUUUUUCAAACAAUGCUCAAUUUGAUGAGAAACUGAAUGUGGGUACCCAAUAUUUUCCUAGCAAUCUUCAGGUUUAUGAGAAACCAGAUGAGAGUAUCCAUACUUUUACUGACAGCAUUCAAUUUGAUGAGAAAUUGAAUGCUGGCAAUCAGGCUCGUGUAUAUAGGGAGGAGAGAGAAAUGGGUGGUGCUUUAUCCCAAUAUGAGCUUGAGUUUCUGCUGGCCCACAAUAUGAGGGACAUCGAGGGCCACAGCAAUGAGGGGGCUAGUAGCAGUUCUGAACUUCAGUUUGGAGGGGAAGUUGAGGGCGCAGUGGCGAAUCUGUGUAGAGAUGGGAGAGAAAUGGGAGGUGCCUUAGCCCAAUAUGAACUUGGGUUUCUACUGGCCCACAAUAUGAGGGACAUUGUUGGCCUCAGCAGUGAGGGUGCUCGUAGCAGUUCUGAACUUCAGUUUGGUGGGGUAGUUGAUUGUGCUGUGAACUGUGUCAAGGAUGAAGGAACACCCCAUGAAGCUUUGACCUUUGCUUUUAGUUAUCUGGGAGUGAAAGACCUUCUAUCUGUUCAAAGGGUAUGCAAGUCCUUCUGUUCCACAGUUAAAGGUGAUCCCUUAUUGUGGAUGAGUAUCCACAUUGAUCGACCACUUAAUGAGAGGGUCACGGAUGAUGUGCUCGUGCAAUUGGUUAGCAGGGCUCAAGGAAACCUGCAAUGCCUGAGCCUGGUGGAGUGUCCAAGGAUCACUGAUGAUGGUUUGAGGCGGAUACUUGCAGCCAAUCCACGAUUGACUAAGCUGUCUGUUCCUGGUUGUACAAGGCUCACCAUUGAAGGCAUACUGAAUAAUCUGAAGGCAUAUAACUCUAAUAUAGCUGUCCCAGGUAUAAAGAGCCUGAGAAUUGGUGGGAUAUAUGGCGUGACAUAUGAACAUUUUGAAGAGCUGAGGUUGUUACUUGGUUAUGAUAGCCACAAGCUCGAAAAUAAUCACAGGCCACAUUUCUAUAGUAGAGGAAGCUUUUAUCUUCCAUGUGAUGAUGACCGUGCAAUUGAUAUUGAAACAUGCCCAAGAUGUGAGAAACUGAGGUUGGUUUAUGAUUGUCCAGCCGCAGGUUGUCAGGUUAAAGAUCAAGCUACCAAAGCCUGCAGGGCAUGCACACUCUGUAUAGUGAGGUGUGCUCAGUGUGGCAGGUGUAUUAAUGACAUGGAAUAUGAAGAAACAUUCUGUCUGGAAUUGCUUUGCUCGGAUUGUUUCAAGCAGCUGAAUAAGUACCAAGAUGGGCUGGACGAGAAGGUUGAUACCCCCAAGGAUGGAGCUCUACACGAGCCUAACUUCUGUCUUCAUGGCUUUCAGGUGAACUGCUUUUGGUGUUGUUCUGAGCCCACGAGUGUGUAGGAGUUCACAGAAAGAGCUGCCGAGGAGAGGGGGGUGGCGGGUGGCGGGUGGCGUUAAAAGAAAGAAAAAUGCUUAAAAAAAGAAACCAUCCAAAAAAAAAAAAAAAUCUAGAAAAGAGAAAAAAAAGAAAAGAAAAGGAUGAAGUAGGAAAAAAUCUCUGCUUGCGUGAAGUAUAUAUAUGGUGUUUCUUCCUCCAGCUGAUUGUGCCCCUGAAAGCCAAAUGAUCUGAUUCUUGGAACUCGGGAGGCGGAACGUGUGACGAGUAUAAUUCUGGAGGGCAGCCACUUGAUCUUCCAAUUGCAGAUCACUCGUUGAGUUGGUACAAGUGGAGCCAACAGCUCAAAGAAUCCGAGAUGUAAUCUGCACUUGUGGUCUGAUUGCUAGGGAGGCUCCCGACUAAGCUGCAGGAUCUGAGAUGUAAUCUGCACUUGUGGUUUGAUCUGGACUAUAGGACUCCUUAUUUGCUAAUGCAGAUGGUAGUUUCUUUGCAGUCUGUGUGGAUUUUGCGGUUCAAUAAUCUUCUAUUCUAUUCUGAAUGUAAAUCGAUGAUAUAGUGAUGUACGCCCUAAUUCUCAUAUUCAUCGUCUGCUGCUAUUAACCUCUUAUCGUACCAGACAAAUAUUGUUGAAUAAAAGCGUUUGUUUUUGUGUGAUAUA